AUGGAAACCCCAAUCCUGAUCAUCGGUGCCGGAGUAGCCGGUCUGGCGCUCGCUCAAGGUCUAUUCAAGCACGACAUACCCUUUCGCAUCUUUGAACGCGAUGGAAGCUUCCACGCUCGCACGCAGGGCUAUCGCGUGCGGAUCUCCGAGGAUGGAAUCGAAGCUAUGAGAUGUAACCUACCACGUGAACGAUUUGAUACCCUGGAAAGUUCAUGCGCCAAGGUUACGAGCGCCAGCAAUGCCCCUUCUAUCCUCGACGCCAGUACUGCGCAAGCAGGUGCACCACUCUUCAAGCCUGGCCAGAAGCCGCCAUCAAUGCAGCAGACGAACACCAAACCUUGGAGCGUCGACCGCAGCGUGCUGCGGGAGGUAUUGACGACGGAUCUCAGCCCUUUUCUUGAGUUCGGGAAAGGAUUCCAAAGCUUCUGCGAAGACGGCGACGGUGUGCGCGUCACCUUCACCGACGGCAGUACAGCUCGAGGCAGCCUUCUAGUCGGCGCAGACGGCACAUGGUCUCCUGUGCGGCAGCAGCUAUUUCCCUCAUAUCAGCUAGCGGAUUCUGAAGGACGACUCAUCUAUGGCAAGACGCCCAUGGCCAAGGAGCUAAUCGAGCAAUUCUCGCCAGUUGCCAUGUCCGGCCUCACGCUGCUACGUGGCCCGCAGGACAGCUGCCUCUUGGAGCCCAUGCGCUUCAACCACGCUGAUGUGUCGCUACCUACGCCCGAGGACUACGUGUACUGGGUUCUCUUCGCGCGGAAAGAGCAGUGGAUGUCGGACGACAAGCUUAUACGUCUCGGUCCUGAGGAUAUCGUAGCCUUGUCGCGUAAUCUGACAAAAGCCUGGCAUGGGAGCUUACGGCCACUGUUCCAUCAGCACGGCACUAUCGCUUCAGUGAGUCGUGUGCUUACCAGCCGACCAUCAGCUCUACCGACAGCUGCUGCGCCAUCGGGCGUACACACCGCUGCUCGGGCGACACUUAUAGGUGACGCGGCACAUCCUAUGCCGCCCACGGCGGCCCUAGGCGCGACAACUGCUCUGCGGGAUACGGCGGCACUUGUACGCCACUUGCUGGAGAGUAUAAAUGGCCAAACAGGGCCGGCAGCGCUGAGGGCGUAUGAAACUGAAAUGAAUGGAUAUGCACGAGCGGCGGUGGCGAGUAGUUUACCUGGUGGGAAGGCCAUGUUUGGGAUGAAAGACUUUGACCAGUUACCCGUGGCCGUUUGA